UGUUACCAUAUGAACCUUGAACGACAGACGCAUGAUUGAGAUCUGGGGCUCGGAAUCCAGAACAUGACCUCAAAAAUACCAAUAAGUAUAAAAAAGAACAAAAACAAAAAGCUAAACAGUGAGAAUGGCAAAAACAUCGAAUCAUCAAAGUCUACUAAAUCAGCGAAGUCCGGACCUCGGAUAUGGUCCUAUUUUAGCAAACGCCAGCCUGAAGCAACGGCAGUACUGGACGAGCAGUUAAAAAAGAACUCGCACCUUCCUGGACAAAUACCCGCUUAUUUGAGGAAAAAAAGCCAUUCUUUCUUUGAACAAGACUCUUCAGCUCCUUCUUCAACAAUUCCAACGACGGAUGUGAAGCACUUGGAUACGAAAGUAAUAUCACAGAAGCCCGAUCGACCUAAUGUCGGCACUCAAAGUAUGGAAAAUCGAUCAUUUUUCCAGACAUUUUCGGAAGCGCAUCAAAACGACUUGAAAGAUUGUGCGGAAUCUCGUAAAGAACUUGAAGUUCAAAUCGAUCAGUUGCGUAUGAUGUCCCAAAAGGAGAGUGCCGGAAUUGAUGAAAUGCAAAGCUUUAGUAUAUUGCCUUUCCUGACCGUAUUUCUGCAAUGUUUGUCACUUGAAGGUUCUGGAGGUACAUCUAAGAGAGAUUUAAAUCGAGACCAAGAGGUUGAAGAGAUGGACGAUGUAUUGUCCACUAUAGAACAUCUGGAUUCAACAAGCGCACAUAAUCGAGAGAAGAUUCGAACUUUAAGGGCAAGAAACGAACAGUACAGGACACAAGUCGAAAUCAUAGAAAUCUACGUCCAGAAGUACCGGGAACAGAACAAAUUGUUAAAACGUAGAUUAGCUAAUUUAGUAAAUACCAAAUCAACGAAUGUAUAAUUGUUGCCAAUCCAGUGUAGAUCAAUUUUCUCACGUUCAAACGAUAACAUUCCGACGAAUGAUUGGAAAAACGUGCAGACCGAUUACCGAACAUUCUCGGCUUGAAUCAUACGUAACAGGUGUCGUUGCAGGAGAGGUAGAGCAACUUUCUUCUCGCAAAUUAUCACCAGCAAGCAUCCCAGCAGGUUUCAGGUUACUGGUUGGUGUUUUCAACAUUUCGCGUCAGCGUGCAACUGCCCGGAUCACUUACCCCAGAUUGACAGACCUAACUUUCAAAAUAUUUUUGCUG